GUCCUUGCCUCGUUGUAUGAAGAGUCAAGAUCACCUGUUAGCCGUUUAUCGGUGUAUAUAUAGGGACCAAGAUAAUGGCCUUGGAACAGGUUCUUCGUAAACAAUUCCGAUAUGUGUCAAUUUUUCUACAUUUUGUGGUGAUAAUUUUCUGUAGCUGUGUUUUCUUUCCACUUGGAUCUGUAACAAAUUACUUCCAGUCUCAAUGUUUACUGUUCGCGGAUCCGGUGUUAACUUUGAACAGUAAUUUCACUGCUACCGUGGACAUUGCGAGGUCAAUAUGGGGUUCUGUCAACCUGUGUAAUGUUUGUAUCUAUGUACCAGUAGUGACAGCCAUCCACUCUUUCAUCUGGUGCUGGUUUUACUUGCAGAUGUGGACUAUGAACGAUGAAUUACGGAUGCUGUGUUCUUUGCUGAUCAGUGCCAUUCUGCAGGUGAUCCUCUUUGUCACACAACUCGUCAGUAGCAUCAUCCUGUCCCUGGGAUUCUUCACAUUCUGUCACCAUCUUACCCAUCAAUUAGGGGAUAAGUACAAUUGCUCCGAGGCACAGACAUGGAAUUGGGAUAUAUUUGAUAGGAAACAUAAAUUUCAUACUUUCCUAACAGUAGCUGUGGUGUUCAGCUGGUUAGUGACGGCCAUACUUUUUCUCCUAAGUCUGUUGUCUGGUCACUUCAGCUACAAAGCCGUCAAUCAUUCUUUUACAACCGGAUCACAGCAUCCAAGUCACCAGGAGUUCUCCUACAGCAACCCUCAGAAAAUGUCCUACUCCGAACUUUCUGUGGACGACGAUACAGGGUCAGUCAUGUUUGAUGUGGAACUUAGUCAUAAUUCUAUGAAGGAACAGUAUGAAAAAUUAUAGAAAUGAGGUUUGUUUUUACUACAUUGUAUUGAUAAAUGUUGUUUGAUUUUUAAAAUGAUUUGUAUUUCACUUUUGAAUAUCCACAUAUCAGAAAUUAAUUAGUUGUAUGAAAUAUGAUAUGUAUGCCCUUAUACUGCCACUCUUUAAACAGUGGAAUUUUGGCAUUAGAAAGAGGUUGGCAUUAUAAAGAGGUUAACUGUGAAAGGAAUGACUGCUACAUCCUCCUGAUUUGAUUUUAACUGAACACAAAUUUGCAAGAUAUUUGAAACUGUGUUCGUCACUCCCAGGGUAUAAAUGUAAAAAAAUAUGUUUCUCAAGCAUAAAUGAUUUUUUGUAUUCAAAGAGAGAUUGAAAAACGAACAGUUAGAAAACAGGUAAAGAAAAAUUCUGCUAAACAAGGUAAGAAAUGACAAGAGCAACAAUAUGAUCUCCCUUCAAUUUUGAGUGCCAUUAAUUGAAACAUUCAUUAGUUUAGUUUUAAAAUAGGGUUUAUUUGAGGAAAUGCCUCCAUGUGUGUAAUGUAAGUGUGUAUGUGUGUAUGUGUGCAGGAGGCUGAACAUUCAUUACAUCAUUGAAGACACAUUCUAUUGAUUAUGUUUUAUCUGGUAGCUAAAUUGUUUGGUAAAACAAAAUGGAAGUAGAACUGUUCCAAAUUACUUUCACAAUUUGUUUCAUCAUAAAAUUUUAGCAGGGCUAUAUAUCAGAAGGUACUGAUGGGAUGGAUUAGAAUAAUAGAAUCUAUCCCUAAUGUGAGGUAUGGAUAAGGUUAUUCAAAC